AUGGCUGCAGCUGAAGGGCCCGCACGAGCUCAUGAUCGCAACGCUCGUCGCCGCCCGUUUUCCAACUGGAUGAAACGUCUCGCAAACCUUAAGAACUCGUCUGACUCAGGUACAACGCGCUGGUCCAACCGGCGAUACACUUCUGCCAAGGCCAAGAAGCGCUCUGCUCAAGGCAAUAAUAAUAACCCUUAUCCACUCUCCGGGACGACCAUCCGACAAGAACCCAGGAGCUCAUAUGCCGAAAGUGGAAGUGUGGGCCAAGGGUCUCGAAGCGAUCCAUCUCUCGUGUAUUCGAACUAUGACAGUUCAGUCCAUGGCGCAUGCCCAAAAUCAAACGCCCCUACCAUCUCGACAAACGGCGACACGACCAUUUCGGAGGCAGGCUACUCGAAAGCAGGGACAAUGGCAACAACAGCGGGCGGAGGGCUUAGUUCACAUGGUGGAGGAGAAGGCAGCACAUUCUCGUCUCCAGCACCUUCGGUUCGAUCCGUGACAACUACAUUGACGACGGUACAAUCAGCGGCACCGUCGACUCAACUCAAUCCUACACAACAUGCACCACACGGCGCGACCCACGGAGGCUCAAAUAAUGGCUUCAAUAACCCGCAGGUCCAGUUCUCGCACCAGUUCCCUAGCUCGCCCGCCCCUGUCACCGCAACGGCUGUGCCCCCACAUCUGCUUCCCCACAGCCAUUCUAGUAUGACUUACGCUGCUGCUACGGCAAACAACGUCUUGACAGAUAACGCUUCGAUCUUAACACUAGCAAGCUCUUCUCAGAGAAGACGCCGCAACUCUUUGGAUACCAAUGCCUCAGUUCGUGGACUGGCACCGUCGUCCCUUUUCGGUGGUAGUCGUGAGAGCCUUCCAUUGAGUGUACUGAGCGGCAGCGUGAAUGAGCCAUCCAGUACAUCAAUUUUCAACGCCCAGGGCAUACUAAAUAGACCGAGUUUGGUUGGCCUGGCCAGUACAGAGCGUAUCAGCGUCUACUCAGCCUCCGGGGCUACUCCCUUAGUUAAUGGCCCCAGUGAGCGAGGCAGUCUAUACACCACAAAGCCGAGCGCAACAGAUGGCUCAAGUAUUCGCAGCUCCCACGGCCGAAAUGAUAGCACAGCUCCCAGCAUAUCUGGGGCUGUCGGCAGUCCACUUGCUAUUAGCUCUAGUCGUGCCAAUCGGAGAAGUGCCACAUGGGGUGAGAUAGUUGGUGAUGAACAAGUGGAGGGAAGGGCUAGCGAAUUAAUCGAGGAAAAGACAAUCACGCCACAUGGAGACUCUUUUCCAGAAGAACCAGACAAGGAACCAGAGAAUAAGUCAUGA